UUGACGAGUUGACCACAGUUGACUGAGAACGCUCCGGUAGUUCGGUGUGCUUGGACGCUUUGAUUUCGCGACAAGUUUUUUUGAAUUUGUUUUUCUCGGUUGUCAAGAAGGAUAUUUGUGUGAAAAUGGAUAACGAGAAGAAUACUAUGAUCGCUGUUUUGCAGCUUUUGAAGAAGUACAAUUUAAAGGGAACCGAGGAGUUGUUUAGAAAAGAAGCCAAUCUCACCGACAUCUCACUUGACGACGCUCAGCAAUCUGAUUCUGAUGUGACCAGCGUUCUUUCCGCUUACAAAAGCGAGGGAGAUCCUGCACAAUACGAGAAAGCGUACAGCGAAUUGAAAAAGUUUGUGGAAGGAGCUUUGGAUAUUUAUAAGCACGAGUUGGGAACCAUACUAUAUCCAGUAUUGGUACACAUGUAUCUGGAAUUGGUUUACAAUAAUCAUUCCAAAGAGGCGAAACAACUCAUGGAAAAGUUCAGUGGGAACUUAGAAGAUUAUUAUCAGGAUGACUUGAAGAGAUUGUGCAAUGUAACAAAACGGGAGCAAAUGGCAGGGAAUGAAUUAACAGACACUUUCAAAUCAAAUCAGUUUAUAAUCAGAAUGUCGAGGGAUACCCUUUCGAUACUGAAACGACAUUUGCAAGAAAAGAAAUAUAGUGUCUUAUUAAAUAUCAUACAGGAGCAUCUUUACUUUGACAUGUAUGAGGGCGUUGCUCGCAAUAAGCAGCAGAUAGAAGCAACGUCUGGGGCUAUGGUAGGCGAAGCUACCAGGCAAGAUAACAAGACCAAAGUCUAUUACGGGCUUUUAAAGGAGCCUGAUAUUCAGUGUGUGGAGCCAAACAAAGAAGAGGAAGAUGAUACAGGUGGCGGAGACGGAGAUAAACCAAAGAAGAAAAAGGCUAAGAAGGAUCCGUUAUUUUCAAAGAAGACGAAAUCCGACCCGAAUGCACCACCUGUUGGCAGAAUGCCGUUGCCCAAUUUGAAAGAUGCGGAUAAGCUAGAAAAAAUCAAGGCACUGAGGGAAGCGUCAAAGAGAGUUGUCCUCGGACCUGACACAUUACCAUCUAUAUGUUUUUACACAAUGUUAAACACCCUUUAUACUGUAACAGCGGCAGAAGUAGCGGAAGACUCAAGUCUAUUAGCUACCGGAUUUAGUGACUCCGGCAUAAAGGUGUGGAGUUUAAUCCCACAGAAACUGAGAUUGAUGAAAACGGGUGAACAAUUACAAGAGAUUAAUAGGGAAGCAGACGACGUAUUGGUUAGAAUGAUGGAUGAACGUACAUCCGAAACCGCAAGAAACCUCUAUGGUCAUAGUGGGCCAAUUUACAAUCUUUCAUUUAGUCCAGAUAGAAAUCUUCUGCUUUCAUCGUCAGAGGACACUACAAUAAGGCUAUGGUCAUUGCACACAUGGACAUGUGUCGUCUGUUACAAGGGCCAUCUAUAUCCCGUGUGGUGCGUGAAAUUCUCGCCGCACGGUUAUUACUUUGCAAGCGCCUCGAAUGACAAAACUGCCCGGCUAUGGGCGACUGACUCUCAUCAACCAUUACGAAUAUUUGCUGGCCAUUAUUCAGACGUUGAUGUAGUUCAGUUCCAUCCAAAUUCGAAUUAUGUCGCGAGCGGUUCGAGCGACAUGACCGUGAGAUUAUGGGACUGCGUGACUGGCAGCCAAGUCCGACUGAUGACCGGGCACAAAGGGCCGAUUUUUUCCUUGGCCUUCUCGACGGAGGGUCGCUUCUUGGCCUCAGCUGGCGCGGAUCACCGUGUGCUCAUGUGGGAUUUGGCACACGGCCACCUUGUCGCGGCCUUGUCCGGCCAUACGGCCAACAUUCACUGUCUGUCGUUCAGUCGGGACGGCAAUAUUUUAGUCUCAGGUACGUUCACCGUCCAUCGUAAAUUUAUGCGGAUCAAAGGUUCUUUGGAUUGUACACUGAAAUUAUGGGACUUCACGAAGUUAGCGGAGGAGAUGAGUUUGGAGGACGUCAACGUUUCGCACAAUCCAGACGUGAAAACCAACUCGGAAUCUUACCUGCUGCGCACCUUCGCGACGAAGAAUACGUCUGUCCUAACGUUACAUUUUUCACGUAGAAAUUUACUACUGGGCGUCGGCAUGUUCGAGUCGACAUAAUCCGUGAAUUUUAUCAUUACAUACAUAAGAGAACGCGAAAGUCCAUAUAUGUACAAACUAUUUAAAUCGAUGAAAUGUAUCAUAAAAGUUAUUAAUAGAUUUUUCACAUUUAUUAUUCUCA